AUGCGCCGGGCCAGCCGAGACUACGGCAAGUACCUGCGCGGCUCGGAGGAGAUGGGCGGCGGCCCCGGGGCCCCGCACGAGGGUCCGCUGCACCCCGCGCCUGCAGCGCCCGCCGCGCCGCCGCCCCCCGCGGCCUCCCGCUUCAUGUUCCUGGCCCUCCUGGGGCUGGGGCUGGGCCAGGUGGUCUGCAGUGUCGCUCUGUUCCUCUACUUCCGAGCGCAGAUGGAUCCGAACAGAAUAUCGGAAGACAGCACUCGCUGCAUUUAUAGAAUUCUGAGACUCCAUGAGAACCCAGGCUUACAGGACUCGACUCUGGAGAGUGAGGACACGGACGCACUACCUGACUCAUGCAGGAGGAUGAAACAGGCCUUUCACGGGGCCGUGCAGAAGGAAUUACAACAUAUUGUUGGGCCACAGCGCUUCACAGGAGUUCCAGCCAUGAUGGAAGGUUCAUGGUCCGAUCUGGUUCAGCGGGGAAAGUCUGAGAUUCAGCCUUUUGCUCACCUCACUAUUAAUGCCGCCAACAUCCCAUCGGGUUCCCAUAAAGUCAGUCUGUCCUCUUGGUACCAUGAUCGGGGCUGGGCCAAGAUCUCCAACAUGACUUUAAGCAACGGAAAGCUAAGGGUUAACCAAGAUGGCUUCUAUUACCUGUAUGCCAACAUUUGCUUUCGGCAUCACGAGACAUCAGGAGACCUAGCAACAGAGUAUCUUCAGCUGAUGGUGUACAUCGUUAAAACCAGCAUCAAAAUCCCAAGUUCUCAUAACCUGAUGAAAGGAGGAAGCACCAAAUACUGGUCAGGGAAUUCUGAAUUUCACUUUUAUUCCAUAAAUGUCGGAGGGUUUUUUAAGCUCCGAGCUGGUGAAGAAAUCAGCGUUCAGGUUUCUAACCCCUCCCUGCUGGAUCCAGAUCAAGAUGCGACCUACUUCGGGGCUUUCAAAGUUCAAGACAUAGACUGAAACUCGUUUUGUGGAGCAUUAGCAUGUAUAUCCUAGAUGUUUGGAAGCAUUUUAAAAAAUGGAAGAUGUAUAUAGGUGUGUAAGACUACUAAGAGGCAUGGCCCACAUUGUACAAAAUUUAUGGUCUUCUCUCUUGACCCUGUAUAGGUCAUGCAUAUAUAAAGUCAAUAGGAGAUGUUAGACUCCUGGUGAUUACACAGUGGUUGUAUAAUUUUGUAAUGAAAUCCUAGAAUUCAAUCAGACUGGAAGAAGUAUGGGGAUGCUUAUGAAAAAUGGAAGGGAUCACAGUCUCUGGGUCUAACUCCUGGCCAUGUGCUAUUAAGAACCUCAAAGUUAAAAGGGUGCCAUUUCAUUGCAGACAAAUGAUAGUUUGAAGGGUU